CAAAUCGUACUCGAUCUGCUCUUUCCUUUCUAUUUUGUUAGCCUUUAAACUAGAACUAAUGGCGUCUUCUUCAUCAUCUCACCAGCGAAAUCGGGAAUCAAAAGCUUUCUCUGGAAUUGGGCCUGCCGGGGAAAGGAGGAUGGUUUCUGAAUCUUCCAGAGUGUUUGAUGUUUUCAUCAAUCACAGAGGCCCCGAUGUCAAACUCACUCUAGCUACUCAGCUUUACAACUCCCUUAAGGACCUACAUAUAAACUCAUUUCUUGAUUCCGAAGAGAAGAAGCUUGGAGACUCAUUUGGCUCUACUAUUGAGACAGCCAUCCUUUCUGCAAAGGUACACAUAGCCAUCUUUUCCCCAAGAUAUGCAGAGUCACCUUGGUGUUUGGAUGAGCUUGUUCUCAUGCUACAAAUUGAUGCCAAAAUCAUCCCCGUGUUUUAUCAAGUGGAGCCAUGGGAACUCCGCCGCAUAGAAACAGGAGUAUACGCUGACGCAUUCAUGAAAUAUGAAGAGAAGGGUAGGUACCUGGAGAAGCUAAAGACAUGGAAGGAAGCCCUUCGGUCUAUUUCAUCUAUAGCAGGCGAAGAAUUUAACAGUUGCAGAGACUGCCAAUUCCAAGAAAUAGUAGAAGCUGUGCAGAAAGAAGUACAGAGGAAAACAUGCUUAUAUGUUGCUGACUAUCCAGUAGGGCUUCACAAGCUUGUGGAAGAUUUUGAAAGGCGCUUCCAUGAUGGACUUGUAGAAGAUAUGGAAAGCAAGUUUGGACUGAAGAAUGUGAAAAAUAAAGCGAAGAUGGUAGGCAUUUUCGGCAUGGGUGGAGUGGGGAAGACAACUCUUGCCAAAGAGUUGUGUAACCGGAAGAAAUCAGAUUACAUUAAAUCAAGCUUCUUGUUUAAUGUACGUGAAGCAGAUAUGACAGGUCAAUUACCUUCUUUGCAACUUCAGCUUCUCAAAGAUCUCUUCGACCAAAAAGAUUUCAGUUUUACAAGUCUAGAAGAAGGAGCAAGCCAUCUCAAAGAUUGUCUAAGGAGGAGCCCCCUUUUACACUUUUUAAUUGUUGUAGAUGACAUCGAUCUUGUAAAGCAGUUGGAUGAUUUAUUGGUCAUGGACAUCUUUAAAAAAUCUGGUAAUUGUCUGAUUAUUGUGACAACCCGUGCCCCAGGGGUGCUUAUAACUGCAGGGAUUACUGAUCGUUAUUGUUUGGAAGGAAUGGAUAGAAAUAAUGGAAGGGAACUUUUCUGUUGGCAUGCCUUCGACCAGUCUUAUCCAUCUAUUGGGUACGAGGCACUGGUUGAAGCCUUCGUAACCGUGUGUAAAGGAUUACCUCUAUCUCUUCAGGUUCUGGGUAGGCACGUUCGUAAUAGAAGUAAGAGUUAUUGGGACUCAGAACUGAUUAAAGCUAGUAAGAUGCUCCAUCGAGACAUAAAGCAGAGACUGAGAAUAAGUUUUGAUUCAUUGGAUGAUGAAGAAAAACAAGUUUUCAUGGAUGUUGCCUGCUUUUUUGUCGGCAAGCCGACGAGUGUAGCCACAGAAAUACUGAAGGGAUCAGGAUGGAAUGUUGACAAUGCAAUUGAAACACUCAAAGAUAAAGAAAUGGCAGAUGAGCUCAGCCCUCCUCAUCGCCUGUGGCGUCCUCAAGAUCUGAGAUCUUUGGAAUUAAGGGAUUUCAAAAGACUACAUACAAUUACCAAUAUCAGGUGUUUCCAAUCUGUUUUCAUCGAGUCCACGGGUUCUCAAUUUACCUUCUUUUUAGGGCAAUCAAAUAUUUGCUAUGAGAAGUCAGCUUCAUUACUAUGGCUACAGCUUGAGAACAAAUCCGGAGAACAACCAAGCAUUCCUUCAUGGAUUCAUCUUCAAAAUUUGCCGUGUUUGGAAAUCAAAGGUGGACGCCUAAAAAAGUUGUGGAAGAAUCACAGACAGGUAUUUUGA